AGCAUCUUCAGAUAGUAUUCCGCGAAAGAUAUAUUGCUUCAAUGGGAUCUUGACUAUAGAUCAGUUAUACUUUCAUCAUUCGACCAGAAGCACCUUCUAAUACAAUGGAUAGUUUAAAUAUUUUAAGCCUGAAUGACGAUUGUUUGUUGGCCGUUUUCAAGUAUCUCGGGAUUUUAGAUCAUCUCAAUCUUCUCAGGACUUGCCUUAGAUUUCGUCAAAUCCUUCUGCAGUCGCAAUAUUCAACUUACCCGGUAUUCCACAAGACCGAUGCACAAAUUAAGCCCGUUCUCUACUACUCAAAUACAGCCUUCAAGGUUCUGAGGAUUCUUAACAAUAAUGUAAAGACCCUGGGAGUGAUUCAAGGACACGGCGAGGACAAAGAGAUCGUGGGGAAUAUUGUAAAAGACUUCCAGAUACUCAAAAUAGCCAAAACUAAAAUUCGUAAGCGGGAGUGCAUCGAGAACUCGCUUCAUAUGACGGAUGUAUUUAGGUUCUCCAAUAUCUUUUCAGGGCUUGAUUAUCUAAGCAUUAAUGUCCCCUCUUGUAUCUGCUACCUGGAGGAGUUCUUUCAAACAAUUCCCGAUCUAAGGGCGUUGCGACUUUCAGGCUACGCCAAGUGCUCGACAAGUAUCAUGACUAUCAGGAAGUCCUUUCCCAACUUGAAGGAUCUCUCAAUUCGGGGGGGAUACCUUCGCAACCGAUCAGACUUUGAACUAAUCGCUCAAAUGAAAACCGUGACGAAAUUGUCUUUAAAUGUUGGAGGAAUUGAUUGUUUGGCUCCUCUGGCGGAAAUGACUGAGCUCCAUUCGCUUUAUCUGGAAAACAUAUGCGGUUACAUUUUGGCAAAAGAUAUUAUAGAAAUAAUAAAAAAGUGUAGGAAAUUGGAGUUUUUGUACUGCUACCAUAUAAAUCACGGUGAUCGGCCCCAGGAGUCCGUCGCUAAUAUGUUCAGGAUGAUCAAAAUCCACCGAGAUCCCACCAAACAAAAACCCCUGCAACUUUUUGCCUAUCUAGAUCCUCCGCUUUCCAACGAAAAUAAAAUUCUCAUCGAUAAAGCCUACUUUGAGUAUCGACCACGGGACUAGCAGCCUUGAAAGUAAAAAUCCUUUUUAAAUGUUACUCAGUGUUUUUAUAUUUUUUAUAUUUAAAAAUGUGACCAAAUUCCAAGAAAAAAUUUAGGGCUAAAUGCUUAGGCCUGUUAGGCCAUCAUUUUUGCCGUAAAUGUCAAAAUGGUAACCAGAACUUUCAUAUAAAUAGACCAGGCUAUCGUGUUCAGUUCAGUUGGUUAUGGGCAUUGCUGCCUAUAACAGCUCCCAAAAUUAAAUUUAUUUUUGGAAUUUUUAUUUUCAUUUUUAUUAAAUGAGUUCUUAUU